AUGGCGCAGAAGGCGAAGAAGGAAGCCCCUGCUCCUCCUGAAGCUGAAGCCAAAGCAAAGGCUCUGAAGGCCAAGAAAGCCGUGUUGAAAGGUGUCCACAGCCACAAAAAAAAAAAAGAAGAUCCGUCGUCGCCCACCUUCCGGCGGCCCAAAACACUGCAGCUCAGGAGGCAGCCCAAAUAUCCUCGGAAGAGCGCCCCUAGGAGAAACAAACUUGACCACUAUGCCAUCAUCAAAUUCCCCCUCACCACCAAGUCAGCCAUGAAGAAAAUAGAAGACAACAACACACUGGUAUUCAUUGUGGAUGUCAAGGCCAACAAGCACCAAAUUAAACAGGCUGUGAAGAAGCUCUAUGACAUUGACGUGGCUAAGGUCAAUACUCUGAUCAGGCCUGAUGGAGAGAAGAAGGCAUAUGUUCGACUGGCUCCCGACUAUGAUGCUUUGGAUGUUGCCAACAAAAUUGGCAUCAUCUAAACUGAGUCCAGCUGGCUAAUUCCAAAUAUAAAAGUUUUCACUAUGAAAAAAAAAAAAAAG